AUGAACAUGUUGCAAGUUAAAAUAAAGUCUUCUGUUCAGAACUCAGCUCCCUUAAAAAAUGAUCAAGCAAUUAGUCAAGGCCAUGAAGUUCAAGGCAGUGAAAAACCGCCGGGUUUAAGCAACAAAGUUUAUGUUGAUAAUGAAAAAGUCCCUGAUGAACCAUUCCGUCUUACUGUCGAACAAACUGCUGAGGUAUUUCAUACAGAUUUACUGACUGGGUUGACUGAACAGCAAGUCAAACAUAAUUUGCAACAUUAUGGGUUAAAUAACUUGGGUUCAGAAGAUAAAAUUUCAAUUGCUACUAUUUUUGCACACCAAGUGUUUAAUGCUAUGGUGAUUGUUCUUAUUAUCUCCUUGGUUAUUGCUCUUGCUAUUAAGGAUUAUAUCUCUGGUGGUGUUAUUGGAUUUGUUGUGUUUGUAAACAUCUUUGUUGGUUUUAUUCAAGAAUACAAAGCUGAGAAAACCAUGGGUUCUUUGAGAUCGUUAAGUUCACCCCUGGCUCGAGUUUUGCGUGAUGGAGUUGAAUCAAAUAUUAAUGCUGAAGAAGUCGUACCUGGUGAUAUCGUUAUUAUUAAGGUUGGUGAUACUAUUCCGGCGGAUUUGAGAUUAAUUGAUUGUAUGAAUUUGGAAACCGAUGAAGCGUUACUAACGGGUGAAUCUCUCCCGGUGGUUAAAGAUCAUCAAGCGAUUUAUCUUGAAUCAGUCCCUGUUGGUGACAGAUUGAAUAUGGCUUUUAGUUCGUCCGUAGUUGCGAAGGGUAGAGCUCGAGGUAUUGUCGUAUCUACCGGAUUACUUACUCAAAUUGGAAAGAUUGCUGAUUCAUUAAAGAAUAAUGACCAUACAAUAGUUAGAGUUACCACUCCUUCCUUGAAAAAUUACACUAUCGCUGCUUUGAAAACAACUAAGAAUAUCAUUCAAAAUGUUUUGGGAACGAAUAUUGGAACACCAUUGCAAAGGAAAUUGUCUUGGUUGGCCAUAUUCCUAUUUUGGGUGGCUGUGGUAUUUGCAAUUGUAGUUAUGGCUACGCAAAAAAUGCAUGUUAACAAAAAUGUUGCAAUUUAUGCCAUUUGCGUUGCUCUUUCUAUGAUUCCUUCUUCGUUAGUUGUAGUCUUGACUAUUACUAUGGCUAUUGGUGCUCAAGUUAUGGUUUCCAAGCAUGUAAUCGUCCGUAAGUUAGAUUCUUUGGAAGCAUUAGGUGGUGUUGAUGAUAUAUGCUCGGAUAAAACUGGAACUUUAACUUUAGGUAAAAUGAUUGCCAAGAAAGUUUGGAUCCCCAGCGUUGGUACUUUAUCGGUGCAAAAUUCCAAUGAGCCAUUCAAUCCUACUGUUGGUGAAGUCGUUUUCUCGGAUCGUUCUCCUAAGUAUAUCAAAGAAAUUGACGAAGAAGUUGAUUUCACCGACCAUUUACCCAACAAUGAAUUCUUGAGCAAUUGGCUAAUGUGUGCUACUUUAGCCAAUAUCGCUAGUGUAAACCAGGUAGAAGGUGAGUGGCAAGCUCAUGGUGACGCAACUGAAAUCGCCAUUAAUGUUUUAACAACAAGAUUAGGUUGGAUUCGGGAGGACGUUGUAAACCGCAAUGAGUUGGUUCAUUUGACAGAAUUUCCGUUUGAUUCAGCCAUCAAGAGAAUGACCAGUGUUUAUGAAAGCAAUGGAAAGGUGCAAAUUUUCACUAAAGGUGCCGUGGAAAGGAUUUUGAAUAUUUGUACUUGUUGGUAUGUCAAUGGCAAGCUUGUUCCUUUGACUGAAAAAGAUAUUGGACUCAUUGAAGACAAUAUGAAUGUAUUAUCUUCCCAAGGGUUAAGAGUAUUAGCAUUUGCGCAAAGAUUUCCUGAUUCGAUUGAUACUUCAGACCGAGAGACUAUUGAAUGCAAUUUAACUUUCUUAGGCUUGAUUGGUAUUUAUGACCCACCGAGACCAGAAUCAGCCAAAUCAGUUCAAUUAUGUCACAAGGCAGGUAUAAAUGUACACAUGCUUACCGGAGAUCACCCAGGUACUGCCAAGGCUAUUGCUCAAGAAGUUGGUAUUUUGCCACAUAAUUUGUAUCAUUACUCUCAAGAUGUCGUACAAGCUAUGGUUAUGACUGCAAUGGAGUUUGACAAUUUAACUGAUGAUCAAAUCGAUGCUCUUCCUGUUUUACCCUUGGUUAUUGCCAGAUGUGCGCCCCAAACCAAAGUUAGAAUGAUUGAAGCCCUUCAUAGAAGAGGCAAAUUUGUGGCCAUGACGGGUGACGGAGUUAAUGAUUCUCCAAGUUUGAAAAAAGCUGAUGUGGGUAUAGCUAUGGGGAUGAAUGGUUCUGAUGUUGCCAAAGAUGCCUCGGAUAUCAUUUUGACCGAUGACAAUUUUGCAUCUAUUUUGAAUGCUAUCGAAGAAGGUCGGAGAAUGUCGGCUAAUAUUCAAAAGUUCGUCCUCCAGUUAAUGGCUGAAAAUGUAGCUCAAGCCUUGUAUUUAAUGGUUGGAUUGGUAUUUAUUGAUUCUGAUGGAUUUUCUGUAUUUCCCUUGGCUCCAGUUGAAGUGUUGUGGAUUAUUGUCGUUACCUCUUGUUUCCCGGCCAUGGGGUUAGGACAAGAAAAGGCACAAGAAGAUAUUUUGGAAUUACCACCAAACAACCAGAUUUUCACCAAGGAAGUUAUUUUGGAUAUGUUUGUGUAUGGAACGUGGAUGGCUGCCUGUUGUCUAGCAAUAUUUGCAAUCAUUGUCUUUGGUAAAGGUGAUGGUGAUCUUGGACAUAAUUGUAAUACUGGUUCCAAGAAUUGUUCACUAGUAUUCCAAGGCCGUUCCGGGGCAUUUGCUGCUUUUACGUGGUGUGCUUUGCUCUUAGCUUGGGAAUGUAUCCACAUGCGUCGUUCCUUCUUCCGGAUGCGUCCUGAAUCUGAUUUGUCAUGGUAUAAACAACUUUGGGUUGAUAUUUGGGGAAACCGGUUCUUGUUUUGGUCAAUCAUGGGUGGGUUUGUUUCCGUAUUUCCCGUAGUUUACAUCCCGGUCAUUAACGACAAAGUAUUUUUACAUGGUCCAAUUACUUGGGAAUGGGGGUUAGCUAUUGGUUUUACAAUUUUAUUCUUGGCUGGUUCGGAAGUUUAUAAAUGGAUCAAGAGAAUCUAUGUCAGGAAUGUUAGGACCAAAGCUACGGUUGCUGAGUUGUCAGUGUUUGAAAAGUACAUUUCCAUGAGUAAGAGUAAUACCAUGGAUGUGUAGAUGUUUGUAUUGAAGAUACCUUUGUUUAUUUUGUAUAGUUGUUUCUCUUUAGUUAUUUUGUUUCUCUCUCCUCUAUCAUUGUGUGUUCCUCUAUUUGUUGUUUUAAGUUAUAAUAUACAAUGUUUUCUCUAUAUCGCUUUAACUAUGACUAUUUCCUCUUUUUUUUGCAACCAAAAUCAAUCUAAAUUA